UUAUGCCGCCGAUUGUGUUCCAACAGCGAUAAAAUAAGAUAAUCGCAAUCAUGUCGUAAUCAAAUUUCAAAAGUCAUCACACAUUCGAGAACCAAUGGGGAGAAGAGAGCGAGAGCAUAUUUACAUUUUAUUAUGUUGAUUUUCCGGUAAAAAUAUUAAAGAUAGGAGCUGAUAACACCGUGACGAAAUGUAACAUAUUAACACAGUUUCUGCUACUCAGACAUCAGUUAAAGUUGCGUAUUUCGCCUAUCAACUUUGAUACGAGAGAAGAAUUUCUUAAUGCGAUUAAAAUCAACUCUCAUCGAUUUACUUAUAUACAGAUUUGUAUGGUGCAAAUUCCAAAGUUUACAUACACUAUAUAUACAUAUAGAAUAUAUAGAAGUUUACUUGAGAUAUAACUUUGGUAAUUUUAUCGAGAUAUCUCUUGCAAAUGGCUAUCGUCGCUGUAUAUAAAUUAUCAUAAUUGGUGCCGUGAAAUAAAAGAAAAACAACAAAACGAAAUAUUAAAGAAUACAUAAAUAAAGAGGUAGCGGUGACGUAUGCGUACUGAAGGUUGCCAUGUUUAAAACCUACCGUGCUUUUCAGUCAUACCCGCAUUUUAUAAAAACUGUACAGUUAUGCUGUUCAAUACAGUCAGUUAGUUACGGUGUUCCGUUGUUGUCGCAAUCGUCGUUUGCACAGAGAUUCGAUCGUUGCUAUCACUAUUUGCAACACAAUUCGUCGUCGGUAGAAUCACUCGUGAAAAUUUUUGGUGCCUCAUAUACUACAAUGACAAAAAUAAAGGUUGGUCCAGUUGUUGACAUCCUUGGAGAUGAGAUGACACGUAUCAUAUGGGAUUCAAUCAAAGAAAAACUCAUUUUACCUUAUUUAGACAUUGAAUUACAUACUUAUGAUUUAGGUAUUGAAAAUCGUGAUGCUACAAAUGAUCAGGUAACAAUAGACUGUGCAGAAGCAAUCAAACGUUACAAUGUUGGUGUCAAAUGCGCUACUAUUACACCUGAUGAGAAACGUGUAGAAGAGUUUAAACUGAAGCAGAUGUGGAAGAGUCCUAAUGGAACUAUCAGAAACAUCUUAGGUGGUACAGUAUUCCGCGAAGCAAUCAUCUGUAAAAAUAUACCACGUUUGGUGGUGGGCUGGAAAGAGCCAAUCAUCAUUGGUAGACAUGCGCAUGCUGAUCAGUAUAAAGCCACAGAUUUUGUGGUACCUGGACCAGGUAAACUGGAGAUCACAUGGACAGGUAUUUCUGGUGAGAAAAUCGAACACACUGUUCAUAAUUUUAAAGGUCCGGGUAUAGCUCAAGCUCAAUAUAAUACCGACGAGAGCAUACGCGCAUUUGCUCAUAGCUCAUUUCAGUAUGCACUAUCGCGCAAUUAUCCACUUUAUUUGUCUACAAAAAAUACAAUUCUCAAGAAGUACGACGGUCGCUUCAAGGACAUAUUCCAGGAAAUAUACGAAAAAGAAUACAAACAACAGUUUGAGGCAAAGAAUGUAUGGUACGAACAUCGACUGAUCGAUGAUAUGGUGGCAUACGCUAUGAAGUCCGAAGGUGGCUUUGUAUGGUCGUGUAAAAACUAUGACGGCGAUGUACAGUCGGAUUCAGUCGCACAGGGCUAUGGUUCCUUGGGCAUGAUGACUUCGGUUCUUUUAUGUCCGGAUGGUCGCACGAUCGAAGCUGAGGCUGCUCAUGGUACUGUUACUCGCCACUACCGUCAGUAUCAACAAGGCAAGGAAACAUCUACUAACCCGAUUGCAUCUAUUUUUGCAUGGACCCGCGGAUUGUUACAUCGCGCCAAACUUGACAACAAUGUUUCUCUACAACACUUCGCCAAAACUCUGGAGAAAGUUUGCAUAGAUACCAUUGAAUCCGGUUAUUUCACGAAAGAUCUCGCCAUAUGCAUUAAGGGCAUGAAUAACAUCACUAGAAGUGAUUAUCUGGAAACGUUCGAAUUUAUGAACAAGCUGGCUGACAACUUAAAGAAGCAGCUCAAUGCGUGACUCAUUAAGUGCAAUGUAAAACCUAUGAGCCUGCGAGCCAAAUAUUAAGAGUCCUUUUUUUUUAUAUAAAUUUAUAUAUUUUAAUAACAACACAAAUAAAUAUGGUUGCGGUAAAAGAAAGUUUA